AUGAAGACUGACAGGUUUAGAGAGAGGAAGAGGAGGAUGAAGACUGACAGCUUGUGCAGGCCCCUGAACGUCUCGUAUCAGGCCCUGAAUGCCUCUGUGCAGGACCCUGAACGCCUCGUGUCCAGGCCCCUGAGCACCUCUGUGCUGGCCCCUGAACGCCUCAUGUCGGGCCCUAAACACCUCGAAAUCUGUUUAAUUUACCUGCUUUUCUCUCUGUUUGUUUCCAGAGUGUUUAAGAAAGCCAGUCCCAAUGGAAAGCUUACUGUCUAUUUGGGGAAGAGAGACUUUGUGGACCACGUGGACCUGGUGGAGCCCGUCGACGGCGUCGUCCUGAUCGACCCCGAGUACCUGAAGGAGAGGAAAGUGUUUGUGACUCUGACGUGUGCGUUCCGGUACGGCCGCGAGGAUCUGGACGUCCUGGGUUUGACGUUUCGUAAAGAUCUGUUUGUGGCGAACGUGCAGGCGUUUCCUCCGCCGGCCGAAGAGAAGAAGAGUCUGACUCGUCUGCAGGAACGACUGAUCAAAAAACUGGGAGAACAUGCCCACCCGUUCACCUUCCAAAUUCCUCUGAACCUGCCGUGCUCCGUCACCCUGCAGCCUGGCCCCGAGGACACCGGGAAGGCCUGCGGAGUCGACUUCGAGGUGAAAGCUUUCUGUGCAGAAAACGUUGAAGAAAAGAUCCAUAAAAGGAACUCGGUGCGUCUGGUGAUCCGAAAGGUGCAGUAUGCUCCGGAGAAACCCGGUCCUCAGCCAACGGCAGAAACCACCAGACAGUUUCUGAUGUCGGACAAACCUCUGCACCUGGAGGCCUCUCUGGACAAAGAGAUUUAUUACCACGGGGAGCCGAUCAGCGUUAACGUCCACGUCACCAACAACACCAACAAGACCGUGAAGAAGAUGAAGAUCUCAGUGCGCCAGCACGCGGACAUCUGCCUGUUCAACACGGCGCAGUACAAAUGUCCGGUGGCCACCGAGGAGUCAGAUGAUGUCGUCGCUCCCAGUUCGACUUUCUGCAAGGUUUUUACUCUCACUCCGUUUCUGGCAAACAACCGAGAGAAACGAGGCCUCGCUCUAGACGGAAAACUGAAGCACGAGGACACCAACUUGGCCUCCAGCACACUGUUAAGAGAAGGAGCCAAUAAGGAGAUCCUCGGAAUCAUAGUGUCGUACAAAGUCAAAGUGAAGCUGGUUGUGUCUCGAGGCGGGCUCCUGGGAGAUCUGGCGGCAAGUGACGUCUCUGUCGAGCUGCCGUUCACGUUGAUGCACCCAAAGCCCCUGGAAGAAUGCUUCUACAGAGAUGCUCCAGAUGAAGCUCCGAUCGACACAAACUUGAUCCAGUUUGACACAAACGACGAUGACAUCAUCUUUGAAGACUUUGCCCGCCAGCGGCUGACAGGCGGAGCGCAGGACGACAAGGACGAAGACGAGGAGCCGGUGGACUCGCCCAAACUCGACGACAGAUAA